AUGGUUAUUUAAUGAAAUGGUUAUUUAAUGAAAAGGUUAUUUAAUCGAUAUUUCGCUUUAAUAAAAGCGGGAAAAUUUUUUUUGUACACGGCAGGGUUGCUCGAAUUUCCAUCUUUCGCGAAAAAAAAACAAACUUCCUUUUUUCGCGCUUUGCAAAAAUAAAAAAAAUACGAUUGUAUCGAUUGAUUCAGCUGCGACCAACCGUCAAAGAGCCCCACCGAGUUUCGACGAGCAAAGCCAACAGUUUGGCCGGAUUGUGCAGUCGACAUGAGAAAACGUGGGUUUUCAAUGGAAUCCUGGGAUUUUUGUACCGAAAAAUUCGAAAUUUUGAUAACCUUUUGCUUUAGUUCGGCAUUUCGCCCUAUUUCGGCUAUUUUUUUCCUCUACAAACACUUUUUUUUUCACGGGUAUAUUUUUAAAAUGUUCAUAGUUCGAUUUUUUUAAUGGAAUUUUCGAUACUUUUCGCCUUAUUUUGGCUAUUUUUUCGACAUUAUAAGCUUUUACGUACUUUUUAGUGGCUUUUAAUUAUAUUUCAAAGGAUUUUCUGCUCAUUUUGGACUAAAAAUAUGAACUUUUUGUAAAAUCCCGCUUUAUUUUGGCUCUUUUUCCUACCUCUAUGAACCUUCCGGAGCUAAUGAUAUCUCAUUUCUCAAAUCACCCUUUGAAAAAUCCUCUCUCAGUACUUUAAAGGAGCAUAGGCUGGAUUGAAAAAGGUCUUGUGACGAAGAACCAUUUUUUUCGUUUUUUCGAAACAAAAAUAGUAUAAAAACACUUGAACAACCUUUUAAUAACAUGAAGCUUUUUUUAUCAAUAAUUCUCCAGUCGAGACCAUUUCUCACCGCCCAGGGACAAGGACAAGAAGAAAAAAGAGCCGGAGAUGGUCAAAAAGAAGGCUGCUCCAGCUCCUCCCGUCGAUUUCAAGUGAGUUUCCGGGUCAUUUUUCGAAAAAAUGAACGAUUUUCAGAGCUCUGAUGAAAGCGGCUGAAGAUAUCUCCCAAGGAAAAGCCGCCCGUGUCGACCUUUUGCAGCCGAAAUUGCCGUCCGGGUCCAACAGACCGGAUUUCCAGAAGAAGCCGAGCUCUCAGGGUCCUCCUAGGUAUUAUUUGAUUUUUUUGAGACUUUUGGGGUGAAAUUGAGAUUAUUUGGGGGCUAUACUUUAUUCCAGAAUCGCUCUCCACAGUGCUAAGGGUUAUUCUAGAAUUGUAGGGAGGAGGUUUUCUAGAAUUAGGAGGAGGGAGGGGGGCUCCAGAAUGUCCAGGCAAUCUUCAAGAUUCGCCCCCCCUCCUUAACUUUGAACAAGCAUUGUAAGCCUUGUCCGGGUUACCAUCAUCAUUUUAGAAUCACCCCCCCCCCACACAUCAUUCUAGGGUAACCCCUUUUCAUCAUUCUAAAAUGACCCCCCUUACCAUUCUGCAGUACCUCGCCCCACAUCAUUCUAGAAUAACCCCUCUCCAUAAUUCUAAAAACAACUGCUCCACAUCAUUCUAGAAUAACACCCCCCUAUUACCAUUCUGGAAUACCCCUCCCCCCUCAUUUUUUUAAAUAACCGCUACACAUAGUUCUAGAAAUCCCCCAUCAUUCUAGAAACUUCCCCUCCCAUUGCCAUUCUAGAAUAAACCCCCCUAUUACCAUUCUGGAAUACCCCUCCCCCUCAUUUUUUUAAUAAUCGCUACACAUAGUUCUAGAAAUCCCCCCAUCAUUCUAGAAUAUCCCUCCCCACAUCCCUCUAGUACGAAUUAUUCAGAGAGUAACCCCCCUUACCAUUCUGCAGUACCUCGCCCCACAUCAUUCUAGAAUAACCCCUCUCCAUAAUUCUAAAAAAACAACCGCUCCACAUCAUUCUAGAAUAACACCCCCCCUAUUACCAUUCUGGAAUACCCCCUCCCCCUCAUUUUUUUAAAUAACCGCUACACAUAGUUCUAGAAAUCCCCCCAUCAUUCUAGAAACUUCCCCUCCCAUUGCCAUUCUAGAAUAAACCCCCCUAUUACCAUUCUGGAAUACCCCCUCCCCCUCAUUUUUUUAAUAAUCGCUACACAUAGUUCUAGAAAUCCCCCCAUCAUUCUAGAAUAUCCCUCCCCACAUCCCUCUAGUACGAAUUAUUCAGAGAGUAACCCCCCAAACCAUUCUAGAACGCCCCUACAUCAUUCUAGAAACCCCCCACCCACACCAUUUUUAGAAAUCAGUGUUUCUGACAGAUUUUGUUCACUCUAAUGAAAAUAAGUGUAUUUUUUUAAAGAUUUUUUUCUGAAGAUUAUGGCGAUUUUUCAGACCUCCUGCACAACAAUACAAUGGAAAAUCCGGAAAUUCUUCCUCUUCUUAUGGACAGAAAGAUCAUGAAAGAGAUAGGGAGCGGCAAAAAGAACGGGAAAGGCAGAGAUUGGGAGAGAAAGAGAGGUUUGUCGUUUCAGUGGCUAAAUAAAGGAUUUUUUUUAUUUUCAGAAGUCGAUCCUCCCCCGUCUCAAAGUCGUCAAAGCCCAAUGGUUCUGUGGAUAGGAAUAAUGCCCCGGAUAAAUCCUCGAAAUCGGCUCAAAAUAACGUGAAAAAGGAGGAGAAGCAGAGAAAAGAGUUGGUUUUUUUUAUUGGUGGCCCUCAGGGAAGUUUUGGUUUUUUUUUGGGGGGGAAGGGGGGGUUUGGAACGCCUAAGUGGUCCCUAUAGGGGUUAGAGAAGAAACCAGAUCCUCUACAAAGAGGAGAGGUCCUUAUAGGGGUAAAGUUUAGGUGGUCCCUUCGAUUUAAACCCCCCCCGAGCUCUGAAGCACAGGUGGUCCCUAUAGGGAUCAGGGAAUAAAUUGCCUCUAAUCGGGACAAAAAGUGCCCCUACAGGGAUAAAAUAAAAGUGGUCCCUAUAGGAAGGGGGAGUGAUUUAGCAUGGGACCUCAAAACUCAUUUUGUCCUUAUAAGGAUCAAGGGAAUAAACAGCCUCUGAAGGGGACGAAAAAGUGCUCCCUAUAGGGGUAAAAUUUAGGUGCAUAACCCUCAAGACUUGAAGCAAGUGGUCUCUAUAGGGAUCAGGGAAUAAAAUGCCUCUAAUCGGUUAAAAUGGUUGAAAUUAAAGUGGUCCCUAUAGGGGGAGUGAUUUAGCAUGGGACCUCAAAGCUCAUUUUGUCCUUAUAAGGAUCAAGGGAAUAAACAGCCUCUGUAGGGGACAAAAAAGUGCUCCCUAUAGGGGUAAAAUUCAGGGGGUUUUUUAGGACUUGACCCCCAAGACAUGAAGCUCGAGUGGUCCCUAUAGGGUAUUUUAAUUUCCUGCUCAGAUUUGAUAUAUGAAAAGACAAAAAUUGAUCAUUUUUCCUUCAAAAAUCGCUAAUCUUUGAUUUUUUUUUUCUCGCAUGGUAAUGCUUCUUUUCAGAAGUAUAUUAAUCUGCUAGCUUCCCUAUAGGGACCACUAAUUUGAACCUCCAAGGGACACAUUAGACAAGGACUGUAGUUCAUAUUUUUGAACAGUUUAAAAAAAACAUUAUAUUAAUGUUUUUUUAAUGAAGCUGAAAUGUCUCGAAAUGCUUCAAAUUACAGAAUUUUUAAGUUUAUUUUCCCCUGAAAAAUCACUUUUUUAAGCUGAAGAAUGUAUUUAAAAAAAAGGAAAAUUAAAAAAUAGAGCGUGUUUUAAAGAAAUGGCCUUUGUAAUGGAUAUUGAAGGUAGAAAUAUACCCUCAAGCUUAUUGUUCCUUUUUACAAGGAAGGUCAUUUUACUUGUGGUUGGGAUUUUCGUUAAAUUUGGCCAAAACACUCCUUGUUGGGCCAAAUUGGGAUCCUGAAAGUCUCAACUUGCUCAAUCUUUAAGUUAUUGGAAAAAGAACACCUCACAAUCAAAGAAAAACCCAAAAACAGGCUUUUUUGAGCCCUUAGUUUUCAAAAACUAGGAAGUUUUGUAGGUUAGAACUUUCAUAAUCUUCUCUUGGUACAUUAAUAAGAGUUCUAGACAUUUUUAUUUUGAAAAUGUGAAAUUACAUUCCUUUUUGAAUAAUUAAAAUAGUUAUAAUAAUUUCCAGUGGUCGAUUUGUCAAGGGUCCAACUCCGCCCCCAAUGAUUCCUGGCAUUGUUCCCGGCAAAAAGUCGGUUUUCUUCCAGUUUUCUCACAUUUUAUAUGAUUUUCCCCAGUGAAAGAGUAUAUUUUCCCAUUCAGAUACCUCCCCGGAGACGUUCGGUACAAAGAAGCGAUGUUAAUCGCCCAAAAAACCCACCACGUUGAAACUUCGAUGUCGAGACCCAAGAAUGGAAAUUCUUCUGGAAGCAGGGUCGAUCCUGGUAAUGGUUUUGGUGAUAGCCUCGAAAAAAAAAACUUUUUAAAAUUUAAAAUGUUUUUUUUUUGCGUUUUUUGACUUUUGCAGGAAGAACUGUGUUAAUAGAUUUGAAAAUUCCGAAAAAAAUUUAAUUUUUUUAUAAUUUUUUUCUCUGAAGUAUUUGGCAGCAGGGAACCAGUUCAAAAUUAGGAUUUUAUCGAUUUUUUUAGUUUUUUUGGAGUUUUGACUUAGUUUCGAAAAGGAUUAUUUUUAAAAAAAUCUUAAACUUUUUUUCACGAUUUUUUUGAUUUUUCGGAUGAAGAACUGUUGUGAAACAAUUGAUAGAUAUUAAAAUUCCGAAAAAUUGAGUUUUCAAUAAUUUUUCUCUGCAUUUUUUGACAGCAGGAAAACGGUUCAAAAUUAGGAUUUCAUCAAAUUUUCUGAUUUUAUUUUGGAGUUUUGACUUAGCCUCGAAAAGGAUUAUUUUAAAAACCUUAACUUUUUUUUAAAGAUUUUUUUUAUUUUCGGAUGAAGAACUGUUGUGAAACAAUUGAUAGAUAUUAAAAUUCGGAAAAAAAUUGAAUUUUUCUAUAAUUUUUUUCCCUGCGUUUUUUUGACAGUAGGAAACCGGUGUAAAAUAAGGAUUUUUCUCGAAUUUUUCUAGUUUUUUUGGAGUUUUGACCUUAUAUUUUGAAUUUUUUUCAUAAAGAUUAGAGAAUUUUUUUCAACAUACAUAUUAAAUAGAAAUUUUUUUCGAUCCAGUGAUUUCCAGUCACUUUUUUUGGGUUAAAAAAAUUUAAAAAAACGUCAAAAAAAGAAAAAUCCCAGUGAAAAGAAAUUUUUCCAAAUGACUUUGUUCAUUUCCCAAUAUUUCAACGUUUAUUUUCAAAUGUUAACUCUCAAGUAUUGCUAAACGAAUUUAUAUGGUUCGAACUUUUAAAAAUUAUUUUGUGAUCCAAAAUUUCAAAUUUCAUGCUUCAAAUAAUUUUUUUUAGUCAACCAAGCUGGCAAAUUUUUCACCCGAACUUUAUCGAACAGAACUUUUGAAUAUUGAAUUAUUAGGUUUUUUGUGGCUGUUUUUCCUCAACUCAUAACUCAACUCGUGCUUUGAAAAACAAAAAUUUAGUUGUAUGGAACAUUUCUUUCCCAAAGACGAUCUUAGAAAUACUUUUAUCAAAAGUUGAUGGUUUCCAGAGCGGGAAAGAAUCGAAAGAGUGAGAGAAGCUGAACGAGCCCGUGAACGAGAACGGGAACGAGUUCAGAAGCUGAAAAGAGAACGACAACGGGAGGAGAUGUACGGAGCCGAGAAGGUCCGCAGGGUCGAGAAGAUGCGAUUCGACCAGAGCCGCAAACUGUACUUUUUCCGAUUUUUGUCCGAAAAUUGAAGAAAAAUGAGUUUUUCAGGGAAAACUUCAAUUAGAAGUGAAGAAAGCUUGAGAAUCUCAUUUUGAUCAAAGUUACUUAGAAACGCUAGAACGGUCCCUAUAGGGGGGACUUCAGGGUCUAUAGGGGCGACUUCAGGGGCUCUAGGGGCAGCUUUAGGGGCUCUAGGGGCAACUUUAGGGGCUCGGGGGCGACUUUAGGGGCUCUAGGGGCGACUUUAGGGGCUCCAGGGAGCGGUCUUCUUAGGGGCGACUUUAGAGUCUACAGGAGCGACUUUAGGGGCUCCAGGGAGUGAUCCCUAUAGGGGAAAAUUUAGGGUCUAUAGUGGCGACUUCAGGGUUUCUAGGGAGGGGUCCCUGAAGGGGCGACUUCAGGGUCUUUAGAAGCGACUUUAGGGUCUCUAGGGACGACUUUAGUGGCUCUAGGGAGUGGUCCCCUUAGGUACAACUUUAGUGGCUCUAGGGGCGACUUUAGGGUCUCCACGGAGUGGCUUUAGGUUCUAUAGGGGAGACUUUAGGGGCUCUAGGAAGUGGUUCCCUUAGGUGCAACUUUAGUGGCUCUAGGGGCGACUUUAGGGGCUCUAGGGUGUGCUCCCUCAGAAGCAACUUUAGACGCUCUGAAGAGUAGUCCCUCUAGGGGCAACUUUGAGGGCUCUAUGUCCCUAUAGGGGCGACUUUAAUGGCUCUAGGGAGUGUUCCCUAUAGGGGCGACUUUAUUGUCUAUAUGGGCGACUUUAGGGGCGACUUUAGGGUCUAUAGGGGCGACUUUAAGGGCUCUAGGGAGUGGUCCCUAUAGGUGAAAAUUUAGGGUCUAUAGUGGCGACUUCAGGGUUUCUAGGGAGGGGUCCCUGAAGGGGCGACUUGAGGGUCUUUAGAAGCAACUUUAGUGGCUCUAGGGGCGACUUUAGGGUCUCCACGGAGUGGCUUUAGGUUCUAUAGGGGAGACUUUAGGGGCUCUAGGGAGUGGUCCCCUUAGGUGCAACUUUAGUGGCUCUAGGGGCGACUUUAGGGUCUCCACGGAGUGGCUUUAGGUUCUAUAGGGGAGACUUUAGGGGCUCUAGGAAGUGGUCCCCUUAGAUGCAACUUUAGUGGCUCUAGGGGCGACUUUAGAGGCUUUAGGGUGUGCUCCCUCAGAAGCAACUUUAGGCGCUCUCAAGAGUAGUCCCUCUAGGGGCGACUUUAGGAUCUAUAGGGAAGACUUUAGGGUCUCUAGCGAGGGGUUCCUAUAGGGACGACUUUAAGGGCUGUAGAGAGUGGCUUUAGGGUCUCUAGGGACCACUUUUCCUCCCCCUAUAAGGGUCACUAAAGCUUGAAAAAAAUGUAUAGGGGGAGGGGGAUCCUCGUCGAUUUUUUUAUGGACCCUAUGAAAAGAAGCAUUUUCAUGCGAAAAAAAUCAUAAAUUUGACAUUUUUUUCAAUAGAAAUUGAUCAUCAGAAGAUCAAUUGAUAAAAUGCGUCUUUUUUUCAAAUCUUAACAAAAAAAAUAAGAGAUCCCUGUAGGGACCACUCAAGCUUCAUGGGCUUUAAAAAGGUCAGAUACUCAACCCCUAUAGGGGUCACUUAAAAUUUACCCCCGGAGGGGCAUUUUUUUUUCUGUAUGGGCUGUUUUCACCCCUAAAGGGACCACUCCCGUUUUUCUUACUAGACGAUGUUGAAAUUUUUCAAAUUUUUGGUUAACUGUUUCAAAAAUUCGCAUUUAUAUUCUCCGUUGGAAGCAUUGAAAUCCUACCAUUUCCUUAUCUAGAUAACUAUAUCAAAAAAAUUUUGUCCGAAAAAAAUCAAACUCAUUACUCAGAAAAAAAGUUUUUAAAAUGCUGAAUUUUUUUCAGCCAAGAAAAAGGAGCGAAACAGAAAUCACUACGAGAAACAGCGGAAAGAUGAUCGCUCCAGUGGGAGUUACUUCCGUGGCGGUGAUGAUAAUACGGACGAUGAAGAUGACGAAGAGGUCUUUUCGAGCUGAAAUCGUGUUGAUUUUCACAUUUCCUGUUCCAGGACGAGUACGAAAGCGACAUGGAUUCGUUCAUCGACGACAGCGGAGAUGGCUUCGAUGAUCUGGAAAGGAGGGAGUUCGAGGAGACUUUGAGGUUUGUUUUGGGGUAAACCUUCAAGGAGGUCAUAUCAAUUUUGGUUAGAAACUUUUUGGAAAUCUUCUAAAAUAUCCAUUGAUGAACCAAAAGAAGUAUGUGAAAGUGUGAGCCUUUUAAGCUUUCUAGUUUUUAAAUAGUUUAAAGCUCAAAAAUAGUCAUUUUUGACGGAUUUUGAGGGUUUUCUUUGGCUUUAAGAUGUGUAGGUACUCAAUCCAUUCGAAAGAAAAGGUUGAAAUGCGAAAAUUUUGAAAAAUAAGACAUGAAAGUAGCUUCAAACUAUGGAGAUGUUGUUCCGGUAGCAUUAAAGUUCCCUACAAGCGGGGUCAUUUUACUUUUCUUUUGAGAAAUUCCUGAAAAUUGGUCAGAAUAUUUUUUGAUGUAAUAAAAGAAGUAUGUGAAAGUUUGAGCCUUCUAAUCUUUCUAGUUUUCGAGAAAUGAGGACUCAAAGCCCAAAAAUAGCCAUUUUUGACCGAUUUUAAGGGUUUUCUUUUGCUUCAGAAUUUGACGGAACUCAAUGCAUUCAGAAAAAAAUUGUUCAGAUGCGAAAAUUUGGAAAAAUAAGGCAUGAAAAUGACAUAUUCUGACAGUCACUUGAACAAGGUUUUUUAUUUGAAAACCGGUUAUUCAAGAAUUUUAAGUUGAGAUUUUUUGAAUAAACCCGAUAAGUAUAGCUAUUAUAAUAGGCCACGCCCACUUUUUGUGUUAGUGAGGUUUUUUUAGGCUCAUAUAAUCUUAUCUGAAAUCGAUUUUGAAAAAAAUUUUUUUUCUGGAAGGCUAAAAAAUUUAAAAUAGUUGGUACAGCUGUGAAAAUACAAUGGUCAAGAAGUUUCAAAACGGGUCGAUAUGUGAAAUAUUAUGAUUUAAAAAAAAGACUAUCGGCUUUUUGAAGCAAAAAUCGAAAAAAUUGAAUGAAUUAACCAAGGAACCCUUAAAAGGCAUUUUAAAAGUUAAAAGAAGGAUUUAAAAAAAUUAAAAGUUGAAAAAGUCUAUCUUUGCCUUCCCCAGAACGGUCAACCGACACUACGACACGGACAAAUGGUCCCACCGCGAAAAGACGAUCUCCGAACGGGACAUGGUGUCCAACUACCGACGGAUCCAGGCCGAGGAGAACUACAGUAAGAGGGCCGGAAUGCGGGAAGACCUCAUCGAGGCCACCAAAGGCCGCAGCGUCCGCCUAUGA